AUGGAGUCGAUCAGCAACCGGCUUCUCCGGCUAAGCGAGCGCAUGCAGCAAUGGCAGCACAAAGACAAGCUUCACUCUAGGCUUAGUAUCAGUGGCCAAUACUCCGAAAGACUUGAGAGUGCCUGUACUUUGUACAGCAGUCCGGACAAACAUGGGAUGGAUGCAAAUCAGAGUUCUCUCUAG